UAUAUAAGGCACCAUCUCUCCAUCUUCCCCGCUUGGGAAAAACCCUAGUUCACAGCCGCAGCAACUAAGGUCUGUCACCUCAUCUCUGUUGUCUCUUCACCAUCACUUUUAUUUGGUGUUCUCUACAGAACCCUACGUGCAGGUUUAGUGGUGUCUGUGAAGUGGUAGCUACAAUGUCUCCGGCUAAAGCUGAUGCAUCCAGAAAGCCUGAUCCAAAGGCACAAGCCCAGAAGGCUGCCAGGGCUGUGAAAUCAGGGCCAACAUUCAAGAAAACAAAGAAGAUCCGGACAAAGGUUACAUUUCACCGUCCCAGGACAUUGAAGAAGGAGAGGAAUCCCAAGUAUCCACGCAUCAGUGCAACACCUAGAAAUAAGCUGGACCACUAUCAGAUUCUGAAGUAUCCACUUACUACUGAGUCUGCAAUGAAAAAGAUUGAAGACAACAAUACCCUUGUGUUCAUUGUUGACAUUCGUGCAGACAAGAAGAAAAUUAAAGAUGCAGUUAAGAAGAUGUACGACAUUCAGACCAAGAAAGUGAAUACUUUGAUCAGGCCUGAUGGAACUAAGAAGGCAUACGUAAGGUUGACUCCUGAUUAUGAUGCCUUAGAUGUGGCAAACAAGAUUGGGAUCAUAUAAAUCUGUGUUUUUGGUAGCUAUUUGUUCUGAUGAGCAAAGUGAUACCAAGCGUACUGUUGACAGUUUUGUUAGGAGCAGUGCAGUUUGUUAGGACUCCAAUGUCAUGUUUGUUUUUCUUUAAUAUAUUUUGAGAACUAUUUUUCUAUUA